GGCUGUUUCGUCCGCGUCGCCCCACCAAUCGGCGGUCUUGGUCGCCCCCUUCUCCCCCUCCCCUCCCGUCCCGUCUCGCCCGCUACCGCUAGCGUGCUGAGCUGUGGCGUCCGAGGGAAGCCUUCCACUCCCCAGCAGCAGCAGCCGCCUUGACCCGUUCGCCGUCCGCUGGGGGCGUCGCUGGAGACGCGCCCGCCUCGGGUUCUUCGCCGUCCUCCUCCCCGGCCGGCGUCCUGGUGCUGCCGGUCGGGCCCGAUCGGCCGCGGAGCCUCCGGGUCUCCGGAGAGAUAUAUUGUAAAAUGGAAGCACUACGUAAUAUGAAACUGCCCCCAGGAUUUGGAUUCUAUCCUUCGGAUACCGAACUUAUUGGUCACUAUCUAAAGAGGAAAAUACUUGGCCAGAAAAUUGAACACAAUCUUAUACCAGAGGUGGAUAUAUACAAGCAUGAACCAUGGGAUUUACCUGCAAAGUGCAAUUUUCCAAUCGAGGACAACAAGUGGCAUUUCUUCGCCUCUCGUGAUAGGAAGUACCCUACCGGUUCUAGGUCAAACAGGGCAACACUCGCUGGUUACUGGAAAUCAACUGGGAAGGACCGAGCCAUAAAGCUGAACAAGCGAACUCUAGGAACAAAGAAGACUUUAGUUUUUCAUGAAGGCCGGCCUCCCUCUGGUAGACGCACUGAAUGGAUUAUGCAUGAGUACUACAUAGAUGAGAAGGAAUGUCAAGUCAGCCCUGGUAUGAAGGAUGCCUUUGUUCUCUGUCGUGUUACUAAAAGAAGUGACUGGGCAUUGGAGAAUGAUAAUGAGGUGGGUGACAGGAACCCUCAUCAUCAACAACAAAUUGAUGCUGCUACAUCCAUUGUAAAGCCAGAAGAUGCUGCUACAGCAGUUGUAAAUCCAGAAGAUGCUGCUACAUCAGUUGUUAAGCCAGAAGAUGCUGCUACAUCAGUUGUAAAGCCAGAAGAUGCUACUGCCUCACUCAUCUGUGCAGGGGAAUCAAAUGAUGUUGCUAUGGCAUCCAUUACUGCUGAUAAAGAAUCUCCAAAUUGUAGUAAUGAACUGGAAGCAUGGCUGGAAGAAUUGUUGGAUCCUUCACCUUCAUUUAACCCUCUACCUGAUACUGGUUCUGCCAUCCUGCCUCUGACUGAGCAAUAUGCUGAAUCAUCGAAUACUGGUUCUGUGGUUCCCAAGAUUGGACCAGACCAUGCCAGCCCUAUCAAGGAUGGGACAGAUGCCACAGACUACCUAUUCACUGAUGAUCUUCCUGAUGAUCUUUACAAUAUGCUGUAUCCUGGUAUUGAUGAAUUCAGUAAUAAUAUGUUCUUGGAGCCAGCUGGCCUGUCAGGAGCUUCUGCCACCAACCAGGCUUACCACUUGAUGGGGGAAAGUCCCUUUGCUCUUCCAAACAACUUUGAGGAUGGAACUCUGAAGGAUGAAUUGCAGUUGGACCAGGAAAACAACAACCCCAAUCUGUCAAAUGGAAAUAUUGACAAUGGAGUUAUAAUACGAAGGCGUAGUGCAUCAUCAUCUGCUGCUAACAUUUCACUAGCACCUGGUAGGGUUAAAUUGCAGCUUGGACUUAAAAAGAUGGUUACAAGUAAUUCUGAAUCCAUCAACCAGACUAUGAAGUUUGCAGAUAACAGUGGUCGUCGUCUUGAUCUCAUGACUAGUGUUGAGUGUAAGAAGAAACAUGCAAACGAUGCCACUUCUGUCAAGCAAUCUGAUGCAGCCAAGCCGGGUGAAGGCCACAACAAUCAAGGAUAUCUCAGGGGCAUAAAGAAUGCAUUCAGAUGUUCAUCAGCUGGAUUCAACGCAUACAUACUCUUCACCAUCUUCUUGGUUGGAGUUGCUGCUGCUGCAGCACUGCAUUACCACCGUUCAGGUGCCAGCCUAUAACAUUGAAUCAGCAUACAUCGGCAUGCUUAGUUUUAGUUGUAGAGGUCAGUGGUAUCAGCUUGGGCGAUUCUAUACCAGUAGGAUGUUUGGAACGGUAGUAGCAUCUUCCCGUCUUCAUCCUUGCAGUAGUUUGUUGACUUUACUUGCAUUGAACUGGAAUAGUACUUGAGUUUCUCAGCUUAUGUCGCUGGGGUUGCUGGCCUUUUGGGGACAUUGGUGCAACCACUGAUCCCAGCUGUGUCCACCGGUUUUUUAUGGUGCUGUACAUAUGAAGUUCUUUCUUUUUGUUCGACUAGCUACUACUAUGUGUGCCUGUCAAAAAAAAAAAAGAGGAAAGGAAAAAAAAAUGUAACUUUGACAGUUACUGUUAUCCUGAGAUUUGUAAACGUGAACCAUGCUUAUAUGAUUAGUGGAUGACUAUAUUAUAACGCUAGAAA